UUUUAAUGUUUUUUUAUUUCAUUUAAGCCAACACAUUCUAUCAUGGGGCGUGUCAUCCAACAGGUACAAAUAGAAUUUUUCGAAGAACUAUAAACUGGUCAAAGCCAAAAGUCUGUUCAGAAAAAUUAUUUUAUUGAAUUUUCGAUAUCAUUUUCUCCGCAGAGUUUUUGUCUUUCCCUAGUUCGGUCUGGCUCGAAAAUCCUUGUAUCCAUUGCCAUUCUUUCAAUCCCUUUGUCAUUUUCAAUAAAUACGUCUAGAUUGUUGAGCUAUUUAUAUAAAUACAUCUAGAUUGUUGGGCCAUUUAUAACCAGUAAUAGUAGUAGUUGAACCGCAGACCAGACUCAAUACUGAUAAAUAGUUUACAAUCCAAUCGGAAUCGAAUCGAAUAUGGCGCUGCCGGAGAUGGAAUCCAUGGCGUCGGCGAUCGGACUCUCGGUGCCGGUACUCCGAUUCUUGCUUUGCUUCGCGGCAACCAUCCCGGUUAGUUUAUUCCACCGGUUUGUACCAGGUGGACCCGUGGCGCGCCAUCUUUAUGCCGCCACGACUGGGGCUGUUCUGUCGUAUCUGUCAUUUGGAUUUUCUUCGAAUCUUCAUUUUCUGGUGCCUAUGUUCUUGGGCUACGCCUCGAUGGUCCUGUGCCGGAAGUAUUGUGGGAUAAUUACGUUCUUCUUGGCCUUUGGCUACCUCAUUGGAUGUCAUGUAUACUACAUGAGUGGCGAUGCAUGGAAGGAAGGAGGAAUUGAUGCUACAGGAGCCCUGAUGGUGAUAACUCUGAAAAUCAUUUCAUGCGUCAUUAAUUAUAAUGAUGGAUUACUGAAAGAGGAAGAUCUACUGGAGGUGCAAAAGAAAAACCGCUUGCUCAAGUUGCCAUCAUCAAUUGAGUAUUUAGGUUACUGUCUCUGUUGUGGAAGUCACUUUGCUGGUCCAGUGUAUGAAAUGAAAGAUUAUCUUGAAUGGACUGAGAGGAAAGGGAAUUGGAAACCUACAGAAAAGGGUUCGUCCCCCUCUCCAUAUUGGCCAACUUUCAGGGCUGUUCUCCAAGCUGCUAUCUGUAUGGGCUUGUAUCUGUACCUUGUACCACAUUAUCCACUUUCCCGGUUUACAGAACCAGUGUAUCAAGAAUGGGGGUUCUGGAAACGUCUGAGUUACCAGUACAUGUCUGGCUUUACUGCUCGUUGGAAAUAUUAUUUCAUCUGGUCAAUCUCAGAAGCUUCUAUUAUUAUUUCUGGCCUGGGAUUCAGUGGCUGGACAGAUUCGAAUCCACCCAAAUCACGAUGGGACCGUGCAAAGAAUGUUGAUAUAGUAGGUGUUGAGCUGGCUACGAGUUCCGUGCAGUUGCCACUUGUAUGGAAUAUUCAAGUCAGCACUUGGCUUAGACACUAUGUCUAUGAGAGGCUCAUUCAGAAGGGGAAGAAACCAGGGUUCUUCCAGUUGCUAGCUACCCAAACCGUCAGUGCAGUUUGGCAUGGAUUGUAUCCUGGCUACAUCAUAUUCUUCAUUCAGUCUGCUGUAAUGAUUGCUGGUUCAAGAGUUCUUUACAGAUGGCAACAAGCCACCCAAUCAAAUCUAUUUAAGAAGAUAUUCAUAUUCGUGAACUUUGCUUACACGCUUUUGGUUCUUAACUACUCUUGCGUGGGUUUCAUGGUAUUAAGCCUGCAUGAAACCCUAGCUGCAUAUGGGAGUGUAUACUAUGUUGGAACCGUUAUUCCAAUAGCAUUGAUUCUGCUCGGCAAAAUCAUUAAGCCAGCAAGGCCGUCCAGAGCUAAAGCUCGGAAAGAUCAGUAAGGUAGAAAUUGCACCUUUGAUAUUUAUUUUUGAGAUUUGGGUUGCCAUUCCUAAUAUAUUAAAGUGCUGAUUGCUGCUACAUUUCUUCGUUUCUUUGUAGUUUGUAAAAUUUAAUUCAGCAACGAAAUUGUUAUUUCCCUUUCAUCUUUGAAUGUAAUAUGAACGUCGACUUUGUUCAAUUUUCCCAAGUCGAAAAACUUGACAAUCAUUAGUUAACCUUAUGAUUAUCUGGA